AUGUAUCGUUUCUGGCCGAGCUUCUCGCCGUUUCCAACUUUGAAACUCCUCAACAUCCAUCGCUGGUGUUGCAGCGCUACAGGAAAGCCACCCAUGGUGGGUGUUGCUGCCAUACAGCGCGGCGCGUUACAAUCAGCGGCAUCGGCAAGGGUUCGCGGUCGUGUGGAGAAUUUUCGUGUCCGCGGCAAGCUGGCUUUCAUUCAACUCCGCCAACCACCAUCGCACUCCAUUCAAGUUGUAGCUGCUGGGGCUGAAAUCUCACACAAGGUGAAGGAACUUACGCCUGAGUCUAUUGUUGAUGUUAUUGGUGUAAUCAAACCUACUGAGCGACCCGUGACAUCCGUCAGUUGCUCGAACUAUGAACUGCAUGCGACAUCUAUAGAAGUUGUGAGCAAGGCAGCUGUACCGCUUCCUUUUCCGCUUCACGACCAGAACGCGAAGCUGGACACGCGCCUGAACAACCGAUACAUCGACAUGCGAACACCGUUGGCGGUUGCUAUGAUACGUCUGGUUUCAGCCGCUGCGCAGAGCUUCCGCACGCAGCUUUUGUCCCGCGACUUUGUGGAACUUCACACGCCAAAGAUCAUAGGCACAGCAUCAGAGGGUGGUAGUGCGCUCUUCUCACUGGAUUACUUUGGUCGUCAAGCCUUCUUGGCGCAGUCGCCUCAGUUGUACAAGCAAAUGGCAAUAAUGGGUGAUGGUAUGCGAGUGUUCGAAAUUGGGCCCGUUUUCCGCGCGGAGAAGAGUCUUACGCAUCGUCAUCUCACGGAGUUCACAGGACUGGAUGCUGAAUUUACAGUCGACGAAUUCUAUACUGAGUUGUUGGAUGUGCUAGAGUCAAUAUUAUGCGGCAUGAUUUGGAAACUUCAGACAGAAAACGCCGAGUGGAUCAGCCAGGCACGAGCGGCAUUAAUGGAGUUGGACAGUACUGAGGACUGCGGCACUGUGGUGCCUCGUCGUGAAGAUAUAGUAUGCGAGGUAGCGGAGGAGAUAAUUGCCAUGUACAAUAUACGUUUUGAUGACGCGGCGAGCCGAAUAGCACCUUCCGUGCCGACUGAACCCUCGGAGGAUCGCUAUCAUGCGCGUAUCGGUACAAGCGGGCCAAAGGUGCUGCGUAUGACAUUCAGGGAUGCACUGCAACUCAUCCGGGAUAACGAUCAUCAACACGCUGGAAGGCAACAAGAGGUCGUGGGGGAAAGUGACGAAGAGGUUGUGGUCGACUUCAACCUCAACCAGGAGCGGGCACUCGGGGAGUUGAUUCGGUUACGCUACGGCGUCGAUUUGUACGUUGUGGAUCAAUUCCCACUGGCUGCACGACCCUUUUACACGAUGCCACACCCGAGUGAAGAGGGUGUAGCCUGUGGCUUCGAUAUGUAUUUGCGUGGAGAGGAAAUUUGUAGCGGCGGGCAGCGGAUACACGACGUGGCGCAGCUCAUUCAUAGCAUGGAGCAGCGGCGAAUGGAAGCAGCACAUAUGAGGGACUACGUGGACUCAUUCCGGUACGGUGCGUGGCCACACGGUGGCUUCGGCCUCGGACUUGAACGUAUCGUGCUUUUUCUCUUGGGUGCGCGUGACAUCAGGCGUGUUUCACUAUUUCCCCGUGAUCCGAGGCGGUUGGCGCCAUGA